ACAUCAGACCAGGGUCCGCAAUUCGAGGCCGCGCUCUUCAAAGCCCUCACCAACAUGGUGGGCUGCAACCGGACAAGAACAGCAGCUUACCAUCCCGCCUCAAACGGAUUAGUCGAACGAUGGCACCGCACGCUCAAAUCCGCCCUCAUCUGCCACGGAGGUCAAAAAUGGGUGGAAUACCUACUGUUCUCCUAGGCCUACGUACUUCGUUCAAAGAAGAUAUCAAGGCAUCCGCCGCCGAGUUGUACGGUACUACUCUACGAGUCUCCGGUGAGUUUUUCGACUCAGAAGACCCUCCAAUAGAUCUAGAGAUCUUUAUUGAAAAACUAAGAUUACAUAUGCGUCAAUUAAGAGCUCAGCCCACGGCACAUCAUAUUAAACCCAGACUUUUUCAAUAUAAGGAUUUGCAGUCUUGUUCGCACGUUUUUAUCAGAGAGGAUGCAGUUAAAAAGCCAUUACAAGCUCCUUACAAUGGCCCUUACAAAGUUAUAGAACGUUUUUCUGAUCGUCUUUUUGCUAUAGAUAUCAACGGACGAGUCUCAAAUAUCUCCACAGAGAGGCUUAAGCCAGCAUACAUGGUUAACCUGGAGGAAACUAGUCAUCCGUCGGUAACCCGACAAUUUCCUCAAAAAAUGGAGGAGUGAUGUUGGUACUAACGAAAGUCCGUAGGCACUAAAUUUUAAUUUUUGUGAUUAGUAAAACUGCCUCAGUAAUAAAUCUGUCAGCGCGAAAACAUAUGCGCGGUGCAAAUACAAAUAAUAAAUGAAUCUACAAUAUAAUGUCAAAUAACCUGCUAAUACACAAAAAUUAUAAUUUAGUGUUUAGGGACUUUCGUUAGUACCAACAUCAUUCCUCCAUUUUUUGAGGAAAUUGUCGGGUUACCCAUCCGUCAUCAUCCCUGCGUGCGAGUCCGCAAGAAGCUCCUACCUUGAAGACCUAUCCUGGCCCCAAACUUAAAAAGUCUGUAACUAUUGCAUAAGAAAAUUGUUUAUAUUUUUUUAAAAUUAUUUUAUCGCAACUACUGAAGUUGAAUUAAUAAUUUAUCGCAACGUUGCUGAAGGGGAACUACUGUGGCGACAAACUGCUAUCUCAUUGGUCGAUGUAAAACUCCCUAGACUGCUCUCAUGUAUCGCGAUGCGUACGCUGCUUAAGUUCUUUUUAUCUCGAGACACACGUUUUCUCUCCUGUGCUUAGCUACAAUAAAGUUUAUAUAUAUUCACGAUAUAAGUGGUUUCUUAAACUUUCUAUCUCCUUCCGAAUCAGUAAUUAUAAUUAGCCAAGUGCGUUAUACCUAUCGCCACAAUUCUAUGACGUCUAUACAUUAUCAAUAUUUAAUUGAAUUACCCACUGUCAGUAAUAUUAUAUCAGAAACGUGUGAAGCAAUAUGGAAUUAUCUUCAGCCCAAAGUUUUGCCAUCAAGUAUUGAUACACAUGGAUGGUUACAUAUUGCAAAAGAAUUCAAGGAUUUGUGGAAUUUUGAUCACUGUAUAGGGGCAAUUGAUGGAAAGCAUGUAGUAAUUUAGUGUCCUUCUAAUGCUGGCUCCUCUUCUUAUAAUUAUAAAAACAGCCAUAACAUUGUGCUUUUAGCUAUUUGUAACGCUAAAUAUAGAUUUACUUUUAUCGAUAUUGGUGCAUAUGGACGACGAAGUGAUGGUGGAAUAUUUAGAGAUUCUUUAAUGGGACAAAAAUUUGUAAGAAAAGAGAUGAAUUUGCCAGAAUGGAAACCUUUGUCAUUUGAAGGAAUUGCUCUACCUUAUGUAUUGGUAGGAGAUGAAGCUUUCCCUUUAACGGAAUAUUUAAUGCGACCUUAUCCAGGGAAAAAUGGUCUCGAUAAAGACAGAACAAUUUAUAAUUACCGUUUAAGUAGAGCCAGGCGGACAAUUGAAAAUACAUUUGGCAUACUUACUAGUCAAUGGAGAAUUUUGAGGAGACAUAUUGAUUGCAAUAUGGAUAAAACUAUGAAAAUCAUUCAAGCUCUUGUAUGUUUUCAUAAUUGGCUUCGAAUAAAUGAUGAGAAUUCUAACUAUGUACUUGAAGCAAUGAUAGAUUCUGAUGGACCCAAGGGAUUUAUUCCUGGUAAUUGGAGGAAAGAUUGGCCUGUUGAUGGUGCACUAGAAGAUAUUACCAAAUGUAGUACAAAUAAUAAUUCACGACUAGCUUCCUCCAUACGUAAUGAAUUUUGUCAUUAAUUCAACAGUGAAGGCGCUGUGCCAUGGCAAUUUGAUCAUUGCUGAAUACAGUACAUAAAAUCUGAUACAUAUCAUCAAUAUAUGUGUAUUGUAUGCAUUAGUAUUACAAGAAAAAAUUGUUUAAAAAAUCAAUGUAUUUGGAUAAGUCGUACAAAUAAACACAUGUUUAAAAAGAAA